UUUAUGUGGAGUGAGUGGUGUUAUAUCUGUCAAUUUUAUAAUGUUUUUAGCGUAAAUGUGCGAAAUUCAGGAUUUUUCUAUUGAGCAAAAGGAUAUUUACUCUAAUAAAUAUUCGUGGUGCUCAGACAUGGAUUUGUAUAUCACCGACUCACUCCAAGACAUGCUAGACAUCGACAUCAAGAAUGAAAUAGCCACAGAUCUUAGUAGUAUAUCAGAUUUUCAAGAUUCGUUUGGUACAAAUUUUUCCGACAUGCCACCGUUACUCGACAUGGACACUGAUAAUUGCUCUACGUGGCUAAAUAACAGUUCCAGUUUUGUUCAUAAUUUAGAUUUAUAUGGAUCUGAAGCCAAUGCCGUUAUGGUGAAUCCAAACUCUGUGAUGCCUUCAAACUUUGCCGAAACACCAGUAAAAAGUGUAGUUAAAGAAGAAGCGUCAAAUGUCCUUCUCUCAUCGGUGGCUAACAGAGAUUCCGAAUCGAAACACAAUUCAACGCUAGCCAGUCCAAAAGAAGAAAAAAGUCACUUAACAUUUUCUCCAAACACAAUAAAAGUCUCUAAAGUUCACGAAACAGAGGAAAUAAAAAUAAAAAAGGAACCAGAAGAAGCGAGGCAGAUGGUUAUUUACGUAAGAAAAAAUGACAAGACUGUAGUCAAAGAUUUACUAAAAGAUUUGGAUAAAUCUAAAGUAUCCGCAGUGUCGAACACUCAGUCUACUGUUCGAAUAAAAGCUCAACCGGAGUUGAUAAAGGUCAAUGGUAAAAGUUGUUCAAUUUUAAACACAAACCAAAAAAUAACACAACAGAUAGGAACUAAAACAAUUAUAUCGGGCAACAUCCACAUAUUAGAUGCUCAAUCGAUUGGUCAAUCUAGAACAAUUUUAGCGAAUGGUAAUAAGAAUCAAGCGACAAUACUAAUUGAUAAUUCUUCGUUAAGUAAUGGUAGACAGUUAAUGAAGACUUCCAUUAGUAAUACUUAUACAGUAGACAAUAGUCAAACAAAGUAUUUAAGUGCACAUGGGAAGACUGUAGGCGAAUUUCCUAAACCAGCAUACUCGUAUUCGUGUUUAAUAGCUAUGGCAUUAAAGAAUUCAAGAACAGGAAGUUUACCAGUGUCUGAAAUAUACAACUUCAUGUGCCAGCAUUUUCCGUAUUUCAAAACAGCUCCUAAUGGCUGGAAAAAUUCAGUGAGGCACAACCUCAGCCUAAACAAAUGUUUUGAAAAAAUUGAGAAGCCCUCUACAAAUGGAAGCCAAAGAAAAGGUUGUUUGUGGGCGAUGAAUCCCUCGAAAGUUGGGAAAAUGGAUGAAGAAGUUCAAAAAUGGUCAAGGAAAGAUCCACAAGCUAUAAAAAAGGCUAUGGUUUAUCCAGAAAGUUUAGAAGCUCUAGAGCGCGGCGAAAUGAAGUACAGUGCGGUGGGCGGCGACACCGAUAUCGAAGAUGAUGCAGAUGUUGAUGGUGAUACUGAAAUGGACGCGGACGUAGAGAUCGACCCUGAGGUCAAAGAAGAAGUAGAAGAAGAAGAAACCGUUGAACAGGAAGUAUCAGAUCAAGAGUUAGAAGUAGAUGAAGUUGUGGAAGGUACGGGCAUGGUGGGCGGCACGUACCGUCUGUUGGCGACGGGUCCGUCAUCAUUAACGUCAUACAUUACAGAUGUUGAGUCCGGUGAAGAAGUUAGCGACGUCGAGGUUCUCGAUAAUUCGUAUGAGGAGGUCGAUUUUGGAAAGCCUAUAAAGUUUGACUUGAUGACCGAAAACUAUACAAUACAUCCAGCGAAACGUUCAAGAAGCAGCUUCAUAUACCAACCAGUAUCAACACAAUCUCAUACAAGCAGACGAAAAACUCCGCUCGUCAAUAGAGUCGCUCUUAUUUAAGCAUAUCCCAUUCAAGACUUGAAAUAUAUGAUCUAAGAAAAUUAAUUGGGUCAACAAAACUACAAUUAACAUAAAAUCUCCAGUGAUUUUUCAAUUACUAUUAAUAUGAUUAAGAUAAAAUUAUUCGAAUUGUAAUAAUAGCUGUGAAUUGUGUGACUGCAUUUUUAUGUUGUAAUUAAAUAUAGUUUCGUAGUAUCUAAGUUUAUUUUAAGUUUUACUUUAAGUGGACAUGUGUCACUUGUUACAUAUCCUACACCGUACCUACAAUUUGAGUGAUAUCUUGAUUUUGUUUUUGCCCAGGGAUUGUCGUAUAUUGCUUUUUUAGAUUCAUGUCGUCACUAAUUUCUUUUGUUAGUUAUUUUCCAUUGUUAUUUCUUAAGUGGUUGAAUAAUUAAUAAUCAGCCAUGAAACAGUACAAAGACGUAGCUAGGCUACUGAAUCAAUAUAUUUUGUGCGAAUAUAGUUUGUAAUUAUAUGUAAUUUGCAUUUAAUAAUUCUAAAUUCUGUAAUAAAAUUAAAACAAAAUGUCUUGUUUCAGUGGCCAUAAUAAUAGGCGGGUACUCUGAAGUUUUCCCACCGCUGCUGUGUAAAUAUGAUAUGUAUUUAUAAAAAAACGUUGACACUGGCAGCUUCUUAUUACUCUGUCUUAUAAAAGAUACAAGGUUAUAAUAGUAAUAUUCUGGUGCCUAGAUAAAUUUAAACGGAUUUUGUAUCUCCUCAACAAUUGUUGAUGAAUCUCUAACUCUAUUGAGGGAAAACGUUGUUAUUAUUAUUCACUAACUAGACAAACUCCAACAAAGCAGCUCAGUUAACUUUCGGCGAUUCCGAUAUAAAAUUAAAGUUAAAUGACUUCUUUUCAAUAAAAUCUAUCAAGGCAGAAGAACUGUCAACCUAAAAAUGCUUUCUAUCACUUCAAUAAUAUUGGUGUUCAAUCUAGAUUAUUGAAUAAUCUUAAACAGUCGUUUAUUGCUUUUGUUGAGUUAUAUCCAUUGCAUUUAUAGUAACAAUUAGAAUACAAUUUACCUUAUGUUAUUCGUGUAAGGGAGAAUUCGUUAUGCCUUUUAUAUACUACAUUUGUUAAGAUGUUAUUAAAGACAUAACUUAUUUUCUAUUGCAUAAUUCAAAAGAGGCCCAAAUAAAAAUUGACUUCGACAUAAUGUUUAAUUUGAAUAAUAAUAUGUCGCAGUUGACACUGACUUCGAAUAUUUUUAUAUUGAAAACAAUUUUGGAAUGCUUUCUAGAUAAAUGAGCGUGUUUAGUCGAAUUGGUUGUGUAUGUUUAGUGUAGAGAGUGUUGGUAAUGUAUUCGGGAUUAGAAACCGAAAUAGGAGGCUUGAAAUUAUGUAGACAUUCCGAGGUACAGAAUUUUCACAAAUUGUUGUUAGUACUUAAAAUUUCAUCACGACUAAAUAUUCCGACAUUUCAUUUUUAAUUAAAAAAGUAAACUAAUUAUAGUUCACUCUCAAAUUUUUUCUUAAUAAUAUUACAGAAAUCCGUUUUCCAAAAAGUUUACACCCAAUAUAAGAAUAAAAAACCGGAAGCCUUGCUUAUGCGGAAUUGCCUAUGUCGAAAUAUUGUGUGAUUUGAUGAAAAAAGGAAAAAAUCGGUUUUGAAAAACCAUAACCAUAUUAUGUACCCAUAUAAAGCAUGAAACGUAGAUGCUAGUAUUAAAACACACUAAUAUCAAUAAUUGGAAAAAUAAUCACAAACUAUGCCAAUUUAUAUAUAAGUUUGUGUCAAUUAUACAUUUCACUGCCAAUAUUCAACAUUUAUAUGCGGUUCAUUUAAAUGGGUAAGGCUCACCAAUGAGUUUUUUACUGGUGGUAGGACCUCUUGUGAGUCGGACGGAUAGGUACCACCGCCUUGCCUAUUUCUGCCGUGAAGCAGUAAUGUGUUU